AUGGAUAAGGUUGCUCCCCAUAAGACAAAGACCCCGGAGAUUGGUUUAUUUUGGAGGAAGACAAAGCAUGACCCUGUUGUUGCGAUGAACGCCUCUGAUCCAGCCUCACAAAAGACACCGCUGAUGACAGAUAUGAACCAUGAUAUGAUGGCUGUCCGGGAGGAUAGCCCGAAUACUUCUUCGAGCCAGGAUGGCAUUGCAUUGCUUGGAAUGCCCAAAUACUUGGUCAGAAAAUUCAUCGUACACGUGGCCAUCAGUUCAGAAUUUGAGUUUCCUUGGAAUGGCUCAGAGUUCGGGUCAGUGGCGCAAGAAUUGGGGAUUCAGUUGGCGGACACAGAUAUCCGUACCCUGGUGCUCAAAGGCUUCUCCUCAGGUAUGUCCUCGUCGAUCCAGUGCAUUGGUAUGGAGAUAGGAAUGAAGCUAAAUAUAAGCCAAGACGGAGAGUUCGGGAUACCCUCGGAUAUAGGAAGGAUCCACAAGGUGAUUGCCAUUCUUCAAAGGAAGAUGAUGGUCAAAAAUGGGGAAGAUGACAUAUGGCUCGGGCAAUGA